AGAUCCACAUUCAACGAUCCUUCAAACAUCAAAUUUUUAGGUUAAGUGUUGUUUUUUUUAUUUGAUACUGUUUGGAAUAAAUCCAAAACGUUAACGCAGUUAAAUUGUACUUUUCAUGCAAUGUAAUUUGCGAUAAAUAAUUACUCAAAGGAUACUCAACAAAAUGAACUUGGGACCGACAAAUCAAUACGGUAAUGGUUUAUUAUAUGCGGGAUUUAAUCAAGAUCAAGGUUGUUUCGCCUGCGCGACGACCAGAGGUUUUCGUGUGUACAAUUGCGACCCCUUAAAAGAGAAGGAGCGGCAGGAUUUUGACGACGGCGGGCUUAGUUACGUUGAAAUGUUGUUCAGGUGUAAUUAUUUGGCGUUGGUCGGCGGAGGGACGAAACCACUGUUCCCACCGAACCGAGUAAUGGUCUGGGACGACCUGAAGAAAACCACACCAAUAUCAUUAGAUUUUAGCGCACCAGUUCUUGCCGUUAGAUUACGACGGGAUCGAAUAGUCGUCGUUUUAGAGGGUGUCAUUAAAGUGUAUACGUUCACGCAAAAUCCACAGCAGCUGCACGUCUUUGAGACAAGCGCAAAUCCGAAAGGCCUCUGCGUACUAUGCCCUAACAGUAACAAUUCUUUGCUGGCAUUUCCCGGUCGAAAGGUCGGCCACGUGCAGGUCGUAGAUCUGGCAAAUACCGAAAAAUCUCCUUUAGAUAUAGCGGCGCACGAGACGUCCCUGAGCUGCAUAUCGUUGAAUUUGCAAGGGACGCGGCUAGGUACUGCCAGUGAGAAAGGUACGUUGAUACGAGUUUUCGAAACCACCACCGGGCAGAAAUUGACUGAAUUGCGAAGAGGUGCGCACCAGGCGAUGAUUUACUGCAUUAGUUUCAAUCAUACGUCAUCGUGCUUGUGUGUGGCCUCUGAUCAUGGUACUGUUCACAUAUUCUCACUGGACGAUCAGAAAUUAAAUAGGCAAUCAUCACUUGCUAACGCAACGUUCCUACCGAAAUACUUUGCAUCAAAAUGGUCAUUUUGCAAAUUUACGGUGCCGAAUGGUCCACCGUGCGUAUGUGCUUUUGGAGCUGAUAAUAAUUCCAUAAUAGUUAUAUGUGCCGAUGGAUGUUACUAUAAGUUUAUAUUCAAUAGUAAAGGGGAUUCGACGAGAGAUGUAAGUGCGCAGUUCCUCGAAAUGACUGAUGACCAUCCAUAGCUUUAUGGAUUUCAUU